UACAUUUUGCGGUCACUGCUGCGCAUCGCGUGCAGCGGAACUGCUUGAUCCAAUGGCGACUCUCCCCUCCAAAGGCAUCACCGUUCCCGCAUCCCUCCUCCUCCUCACCGCGGCCGCCGCCCUCCUCCUGUUCCUUCUUCUGUCUUCUCUCUCCCCUGCUCCCUCCUCCUCGUCUGCUGCAUCCUUCUCUUGCCCUACCACCUCCGCGGCCUCCUCCAUCGCUGCGGCCACUGGACCCCCAGAUCCGAUCUCCCCGACCCUCGACGACAUCGCCUGGCUCAAAUCCCAACUCGUCCUCAACUCCAUCCAGGAACCCCCAUCCUCGCCUGCCGCUUGGCAUUCCCUCCGCAAGGGUAUCAACCCUCGCACCCGCGACCAGCAGCUCGAAGACCUGCGCCGGUUCAAGGGCGUCUCUCACUACAAGGGCGACGACGCCGAGAAUCACACGGCCCUCCCUUGCCCCGAGGAGCUCCUGGUGGAGGAGCACCACAGUAAUUACGGCGAGCCAUGGGCCGGCGGCCGUGACGUCUUCGAGUUCCUCGCUACCGCCGCCAGUCUCUCGCCCGCCGACCACGUGCUCGAGAUCGGGUGCGGCACGCUCCGAGUCGGCCUUCACUUCAUCCGGUACCUCGACCCGGCCAGAUUCCACUGCCUCGAGCGGGACGAGCUGUCCCUCAUGGCCGCGCUCCGCUACGAGAUCCCUUCCCAGGGUCUCCUCCACAAGCGGCCGCUCAUUCUCCGAGGGGAGGACAUGGAGUUCGAUCGAUUCGGGUCCGACGUGCUCUAUGAUCUCAUAUAUGCCAGCGCGGUGUUCCUCCACAUGCCCGACGCGCUGGUCUGGGUGGGCAUGGAGAGGUUGUCAGCCAGGCUAAAACUCGAGAAAGGUCGGAUCUUUGUGUCCCACAACAUCAAAUUCUGUUCACGAUUGGGCGGCGAUGUGUGCACCAACAGGCUCACGAAUUUGGGAUUGGAGUACGUUGGGAAGCGUACACAUGAUAGCUUGUUGUUCAACCAUUACGAGAUCUGGUUUGAGUUCAGAAAGUUAAAAGCUUAGGGUCUCCAUGGUUGCUGGAAUUUGGGGGUUUCGGUUGUAGGCCAGGGAGAACGGGCAUCGGCAUAUAUCAAGAGCAAGGCAGUGAUUGCAAGACACUGAAGGAAGAUAAAGGAGUGCCUUACAUCUUCUCCUCGUUACAGGCGCAGAUACACCUGGUGAAUCUGCAUCAUUGAUCUUCUCCUCCUGGGAGUUCGGUGGAUCUUGCCAUGCGUGUAAGAGUUCUUCAUCUUCUGGAGCAGCUCCAGAAAUGCAGUAAGUAAGAACUGUGUACUUUUACUUGGCUCUGAGGAAUUCUUAGAAUGCAAAUUAUUUCUUUUUUUC